UUUCAAGAUAGUCUUUUUCAGGGAACUCUAAAUGUGAGUGUAAAUGAACGAGAAAAAUUUGAAUUCAAUAAUGAUUUCACUUUUGAUGAAUCAUCACCAAAUAUCACUGCUAAGCCAAUAGAAAAUAAUGAAUUUCAACAUACCUCAAACAAUAGUUUGCUUUUAGUGGACAAGUUAAUCUCCAAGUAUAGAGCAAAUUUAAUUGGCUUAAAUGAAGCGUCAAAUUCUGAUCUAAAUUUUGAGGAAUAUCUACCAGCUGAUGAGGCAGGAGAUAACAUUAAGGAAAAAUUUGUUAAAUUCAAAUCCAAAUAUCAAGACCAAGAAGUCGACGAGAAGUUUAAAUUUAUGCAAUCAGUAUCUGCUUACAAGGAUUUGUCAUCAUUUAUGCAUUUUUGCCUUGCCAAGCCCAUAUUGAAGUCUCUCACUGAUAUGUCAUUAGACAAGCCAACGCCAAUCCAAUGUGCCUGCAUACCGUUAUGUCUCUUAAAUAAGGAUGUUUGCGCAUGCGCUAGAACUGGAUCUGGAAAGACAGUAGCUUUCUUGUUACCGAUCAUAGAAAGGCUGAUUGCUAAGCCAUCACUCGGACGCUCAUCUACUAGAGCACUGAUUCUUAGUCCUACUCGGGAGUUGGCUGUUCAAAUUUUUACAGUUACAGGACAGCUUCUGAAAUAUUGUCCAAAAAUAAAAGUGCAAUUAGCUGCAGGCGGGCUAGAUAGAAAUUCCCAGGAAACUUCCCUUCGUGGAAAUCCAGAUAUUGUUAUAGCUACCCCUGGACGGCUCAUUGAUCAUAUCUCAAAUGCUCCAAACUUUAGUCUUUCAACUGUUGAAUAUCUUGUGUUGGACGAGGCAGAUAAACUUCUUGAUGAAUAUUUCACGGAACAGAUUGCUGAGAUAAUCCGCCACUGCUCCAGACAGAGACAAACAAUGCUCUUCUCAGCUACCAUGACCGAGAGCGUAAGACUUUUCGUGACGUUAGUGUUGAUAUCUUAUAUUAUUGUUAUAUGCACGUGUAUAUAUACUAUUGUUAUUGUACAUACAUUAUCGUUUAAAAUGCAGUGUUGA